AAUGUGAAUAGUGCGGCCAGAAGUAAUAUAGAAUUUAUAAUAUAUCUUAAUUAUUAAUAAAAUAAAAUGGAGACUACGGCAUCAUCAUCAACUUUAGUUAUAAAUAGUAGUGGUAGUAAAAGUAGCAGUAAAAAUAUUAGUUAUUUGAAAAGAACGUGUUGGGUUUUAAAUUAUGUAUAUCAUCAGGCUUUAACCCUUAUUAGUAUAUUGUUCAUAUGGAUAUUGAUAGAAGAUUUAAAAGACAAUCAUAUAUUUUAUCAUAUGAUAUUGUCAACUGUUGCAUAUAUCCCUUUGAUGGCAGUAGCGAUAAUAGCAUUCUCAGAAGAUAAUCUUCUUACAUUAUACAUGUCCAGAACGAAAAUAUACUGGGUUCAUGGUAUUUUACUGUCUAUAAGUGCUCUGGCAGUUACGAUUGGAAUAUCCUUAGAAGUGCGCGCUAAAGGAAAUAGACCUCAUUUCAAAAGCAAACACGGAUUGUAUGGUUUCAUAUCCUGGGUGUUAGUGCUCGUUUCAGUUCUAAUCGGCUUAGUCGCUGGAAAUACUCGAACCUUUUCAAGAUACCUCAAACCUGUUAUUGCCAAAUUCAUCCACAACAUUAUUGGAAUAGCAGCAUUCAUUUUUGGCGUAGUAAGUUUAUAUUACGAAAUUCGCGUUUUCGGAAGAUAUACCUCAGAAAACGUAUAUAACACUGUGCGUUACGGUAUGUGGGUCGUCACAGUUUGGAGUGUGUUGGCAGCAUUGAAAUCUCUGUGGGGACAAUUCAGAAACAUCGUUUUUUAAGCGCGCAACUCAAAAACAAUAUUUAUUUAUAUCCAUUAUGUCUCAUUUAAAAUCAUAUACCUGUGAAAUGAAUUAAUCGUUCUAUGUUGUACUUUUCAGAAGUAUGUUUUUUUAAUAUUUUUGUAUGCCCAAGUAGCUUUUAAACAUUAUUUUCAAAACUGAUUAUAUUGAUAAUAAACUAUACUAGUUCCAUAA